CCAGGGGAUUGGGUUAUAUUUAGUCCACAUUUUACAGCACUGCUUGACAGUAUUAGUGUCAAUAGGAAAAGGCAGUAUGCGCUUAAAUAUGGCUAGCAAAUUUGUAAAUUUUGGCUCCAAGCUGUUCAAGUCAUCGAAGAACUUGUUAAGUUCUGCAUACGCAAAGCGCAGCUCAUCGUCGGGCAGUGCUAGAAAAUGGAUUGGAGCCCGCCAGAAGUUGUUGACUUUUGGUGCGCUGACCGGAGCAACUGGGCUAUUGAUGUACGCCAUGGAUGCCAGUGUGGACGCGUCCAGCGACAAUGUGCAUCCGGCCAAGCAGCUGUGGCCGCACAAGGGCCUGUUGACGGCCAUUGACAAGGAGAGCGUACGGCGUGGCUAUCAGGUGUAUAAGGAGGUGUGCUCCUCCUGCCAUUCGCUGCAGUAUAUAGCGUAUCGUAAUUUGGUGGGCGUUUGCAUGACCGAGUCGGAGGCCAAAGCUGAGGCAGAGGGCAUUACCGUGCACGACGGACCCGACGAGGAUGGCAACUAUUUUGAUCGUCCUGGCAAGUUGUCCGACUAUAUGCCAAUGCCUUAUCCCAAUGAGGAAGCUGGCCGAGCUGCAAACAAUGGCGCCUAUCCGCCAGAUCUUAGCUACAUCGUGUCGGCACGCAAAGGCGGCGAGGAUUAUAUAUUCGCCCUAUUGACGGGCUACUGUGACCCACCAGCUGGCUUUGCGUUGCGCGAUGGCCUUUACUUUAAUCCGUACUUUAGCGGAGGCGCCAUUGCCAUGGGUCAGCUUAUCUCCAAUGAAUCGGUGACCUAUGCUGACGCAGAUGUGGCACCAUCAGCCAGCCAAAUUGCUAAGGAUGUGACCACAUUUCUGUGUUGGACUUCGGAGCCGGACUAUGACAUUCGCAAGCUUCUCGUAAUCAAGGUGUUCAUCAUAUCAUCAUUUUUGAUUGCACUCACCUACUACAUAAAGCGCUUGAAGUGGUCUUCACUGAAGACACGUAAGAUAUUCUAUCUUCCAGAGAUUCAAGAGAAUGCUAAGAAAGCUGCCGAAGGUGCUAAGAAUUCAAAAUAA